AUUUUCUUCCCUCUCCAUCGCAUAACAUUAUAUAAAGACGCCGGUCACCUCUCCUCCUCCCCUGUCUCCUCUUUCUGCUUUCGGAGUAAUGGAGAUGCCUGUGGUUCUCUUCUUACUACUCCUCAUCUGUUCUUCCUCUGUUGAAGCAGGAUUUGUUGGUGUGAACUAUGGCCGAGUCGCCAACAACCUGCCGCCGCCGGCGAACGUGGUCGAGCUGCUCAAGUCCAAUGGCAUCGGCAAUGUCAAGCUCUACGACGCUGACCCCUCCAUGCUCCGCGCACUCGCAGGCUCCGGCAUCAAGGCAGUGGUCACGGUCCCUAACGAGGUGCUCGCUGCAGCUGCCACUGUUCCCGACUUCGCUCUCGCCUGGGUCCAGCGCAACGUAGCCGCGUACUACCCUUCCACCCUCAUCAACUUCGUCGCCGUCGGGAAUGAGGUCUUCGUCGAUCCGCAUAAUCUCACUGACUUCCUUGUUCCGGCCAUGCGCAACGUCCAGAAUGCGCUCGCCCAACUAGGCCUUGAUGGCGCCGUCAAGGUCUCGUCCCCGAUCGCACUCACAGCUCUGCAGACUUCGUACCCGCCCUCUGCUGGCGCCUUCCGAUCUGACCUCGCUGAGCCGGUUAUUCGGCCGAUGCUCGAGCACCUGCGCCGGACCGGAUCUCAUCUCAUGGUGAACGCCUACCCCUUCUUCGCGUACGAGGCCAACACCGAUGUGAUUUCCCUCGAUUACGCCCUCUUCCGGCCCAAUGCCGGCGUGGUUGACUCAGUCACUGAUCUCCGCUACUACAGCCUCUUGGACGCCCAAAUCGACGCCGUCUACGCCGCAAUGUCGGCUCUCAGUUACAACGACGUCAAAAUCGUCCUGUCGGAGACUGGUUGGCCGUCCAAGGGCGACGAAAAGGAGGCCGGUACCGGCCCGGCCAAUGCGGCCUCCUACAACGGCAACUUGGUGAGGCGUGUCCUCUCUGGAAACACCGGCACGCCGCUUAGGCCCCAAGCCGACCUCGACGUCUACCUCUUCGCACUAUUCAACGAGAACCAGAAGCCCGGCGCGGAGUCCGAGAGGAACUACGGGCUGUUCUACCCGGACGAGCAUAAGGUGUACGACAUCGGCUUCGUGCUCGGCGGCUCCAACGGCGGAAGUAUGAAGUGGGAGGAGGACAGCGGCGGUGCCAUCUCCCUGAUCGCGCCGUCUGGGACGGUGCACGCGAGCUCGACGGGGGCCACUUGGUGCGUGGCGAACACGAUGGCCGGGGCGGAGAGGCUUCAGGCGGCGCUCGACUACGCAUGCGGCGAGGGCGGAGCGGACUGCCGCGCCAUCCAGCCGGGCGCCUCCUGCUUCCAGCCCAACACGGUGGAGGCGCACGCUUCGUACGCCUUCCACAGCUAUUACCUGAAGCAGGGCCGUGCCCUCGGCACGUGCGACUUCGAGGGCGCCGCCGUCGUGGUAUCCCAACCGCCAGAGAUUGAAACGUGUCUGCUACCGUCGGGAGUCUAGCCGUCCAACGAGGAGACAUGUAGCACGAUGGUCGCCAUUAAACUGUUAUUUAUUUAAUUAGUAUUUAUUAGAAUUUAUGACGAUGUUAAUGUCGUUUCAAGUGUAAACAAUUUAGUGUAGUUGUUUGAACUUCUUUUUAGUCAUCCCAUUUUAGUCA